AGUCUGUGGUGUUGUGUGACAGAGAAGGCGCAGUGUUUUGACAGCGGUUUACAUUGAAGGCGCCAGUUGUCAUAGUAACAAAGAAACUCAAAAGAGAGUCAAUAUGGCGGCUGUUUCACCACUUUUCGGCGCAAAUCGACUUUAAAACAGUAGUUUAUCCUGCUAAAACCCUCUUGAAAGUCAAUAUAAAACCUAACAUGGCUAAUGAAGAAGAAACAGCAAGCAUCAGGGCACCGGAGCCGGUGACAAUAACGGUGGUGCGGUGUAGAAAUCUGAAAGGCUCAAAAGGCGAUUCUCUAAACUCCAUGGUAAGGCUCGAGUUUGGAGCUAAUCUGCUUGGAGAAUCACCCAAAGUUGAAGCCAACACAGACACUCACAGCACAGAGUACAAUUUCAAUGCUUCAUUUGAUUGUACUUUUGAAGACGCUUCUUCCUUGGAUUCUAUAUCAUAUAAACCUGUUAUAGUCACUGUUGUUGAGGUCCUACCAAAGGACAAGAAAGGAAAAGAGGAGAAAAUAAAUAUUUUGGGUCAAUCCUGUGUUGAUUUACUGCCUCUACUUCAUGGAGAAACCAAGUUCAGUGUUAUGCAGUCUGUGCACCCAGUCAUUGUACCACCUGAAACCGCAACCACAGAACAAAUUCUGCCAGAAAUUGAGGUGCAAGUGUCUGUAGCCCAGCCUCUUCUGACAGAAACUCAGCUGAAUAACAGCAAUCUGUUGAGUGUCCAUGUGGAUAGCGCGUUUUCUGUACCAGACUCAUGGCAGAUUCAAAUGGCUCAGCAGUUUAAUUACACUGCUAGCCUUCCAAUACCAGUCUCCAGUGAGAAGGAGAAUACAAUAGUGUUGUCUAAUGGCAUUCUUCGGGCCCCAGGCGAAAAGGAAACUAUGAAUCAACGCAAAUGGUCCGCUGCUCCGAGUGCCUCUGGUUCCUGCCUGUAUAUCGCUGACAGAGAAAGAACUUUGAGAAAAUUCAAAUUACAGAAGUUCAACUUGAAAAUAAGUUGCUCAUCAGAUUUCUUUUUAUUAAUUUCACAGAAAGGCUCAAAAGGCGAUUCUCUAAACUCCAUGGUAAGGCUCGAGUUUGGAGCUAAUCUGCUUGGAGAAUCACCCAAAGUUGAAGCCAACACAGACACUCACAGCACAGAGUACAAUUUCAAUGCUUCAUUUGAUUGUACUUUUGAAGACGCUUCUUCCUUGGAUUCUAUAUCAUAUAAACCUGUUAUAGUCACUGUUGUUGAGGUCCUACCAAAGGACAAGAAAGGAAAAGAGGAGAAAAUAAAUAUUUUGGGUCAAUCCUGUGUUGAUUUACUGCCUCUACUUCAUGGCGAAACCAAGUUCAGUGUUUUGCAGUCUGUGCACCCAGUUAUUGUACCAGCUGAAACAGCAACCACAGAACAAAUUCUGCCUGAAAUUGAGGUGCAAGUGUCUGUGGUCCAGCCUCUUCUGACAGAAACACAGCUGAAUAACAGCAAUCUGCUGAGUGUCCAUGUGGAUAGCGCGUUUUCUGUACCAGACUCAUGGCAGAUUCAAAUGGCUCAGCAGUUUAAUUACACUGCUAGCCUUCCAAUACCAGUCUCCAGUGAGAAGGAGAAUACAAUAGUGUUGUCUAAUGGCAUUCUUCGCGCCCCAGGCGAAAAGGAAACUAUGAAUCAACGCAAAUGGUCCGCUGCUCCGAGUGCCUCUGGUUCGUGCCUGUAUAUCGCUGACAGUACCAUCGAAGAUACGCCGUUUGAAGAUGAAGAUGGCGAUCUUAGAGACAGAGAGGAUGUCGCGUUUCGUCAGGAAGCUAUCAACGAAAAGAACCAUGUGACGUGGAAUGCAGAAAGACGGUGUUUUAUCAGUGCAGAGGCUGCUGAAAGUUUGCAGAACAAGAUAGCUCAAAAUCGUUUCUGGCCUGUGGAAAUAAUGAGGACACCAGUUCAGCAGGUCACUAAGGCGAAAGGAAAACAGGGUUCAUUAGAGGAGGAUAUCCCGAUCUCCUUCCACGGAGUGGCGUAUGUCAAUAUGGCGCCCUUACUCUACCCUGGAGUAAAGAGGUUUGUUUCUGUAGUUACCAAAAUCAAAAGCGUUUGUGAGUUUUUCCGCAAGCUUUCGCAAAUUAAACCUACCACUCUUUCUUUAGUCAACGAAGAGUUCCAUUUUAAUGAAUGUGACAAAAUGAGUUUCUGCGCAAGAGUAACGAUCAUUGCUGUCAUCUUUUGUUUUUCUUAUCCACAGCAAUACCUCGAAUCACGAACGUUUAUCACGUUAGAGUUUGUCCUCGACAAGCCGCUGGUACCAAAGAGGCCGCCAUCUUCGCUGGCAAGGAAAGUUGCUGAGUACAUCCCUCCACGGCCCGUAUUUGCCCGCAAACCAGGAGGUUCCAAAAAGGCUGUAGAGGACUUCCAUGCUCAGCUGACCACAGUGGCAAACUCCCUUCUGGAGGAAUUCAGACAAAUGUACGGCGAUGAUUUAAUGAAAGGAGAUCUACCACAGUCAAACGAUGCCAUGGAUCAAAGGAGGCAGAAGUUCCUUUACGAGCUGAAUACGUCCGGAAAAUACUUCGCAUUCAAAGAGCAACUGAAGAACAGCGUCAUAAAGACUGUGCGAGAGAAGUAUUUAAACACCACAGCUUUUACAGACAAGGAGAAACUCCAGGCAUUCCUCAGCGAGUUGUACGUUUUUCUAAUCGACCAGAUGCACGUCGCCUUAAACAAGUUUCUAACAGCGGAAGAGGCUCCAGAAGAACCUCCGCCUGUCACGGACUCUGCAACUCUCAAACACUUCGCAAGAGAAGCCGAGGUGAACCAAAACUUUGAGCUGGCUGCCAAGUACUACCAAGAGCGGUUAUCUCGGAACAAGAACGACCCUGAUCAUUGGUUCGAUUACGGAGCAUUUUGUUUACUUAUCGGUGAUUACGGAAAGGUAAGGGAACAUGAUUACUGGUACUUACAGACAAUAUCUUUUCACAUAGGGUUGUACUAUGACAGCAUACAAAACGACAUUGGUGCUGAGCGUGCGUUCCUUGAAGCUAACCGCUUAAACGUAGCAACGCCGUCCUCUAUGGAGUUGGCAGGCCCAGCUGAUACUAUACCAGCCGAGGCUGACGGCUCUGUCUCGGAGACUGGUCCCGAGGAACCUGUUAGCGAGGGUGCUCCCGGAACUGGUGUCUCUGAGGACCAGAAAUUACCGGAAGUUCAUGUUGACGAUGUAGUACGCGAGGAGCCUGUGCCGGGAACUGGUGAAACUUCCGCUGACCCUUCAGCCCCGCCAAUCGCAGGCCCGCCCCCGUCAGUUGUGAUUAGCUCAGCAACGCCUGUGGGGAAUCCUGGACCGAAACCUGUGACCCAGUCCUCCACACACACAGCUUCCAAACAGAGCUCACGUGCUCCGAGCCCCGGUAGUUCCCACCGUCAAUCGCCACCUCCUCAGGAUACUGAACCUGCGGUACCCGCGGAAGAAAAGCCAGCAGAGGUCAAACCAAAUGCUAGUAUUUUUUUACAAGCGGCGAAUUUCCUUCUGGAAGUGAAUGCCCUACAGUUAACUGACGCGGCUUUGGCACACGAGCUAGUGGCAACUAAUGGGGAGCCUGGCGCCGAUUAUUACGUGCUCCUGGGAAGGUUGAAGAUUCAGCAGAAAUCGUUCAUUGAAGCUGAGGAGAAUCUUAAACAAGCGAUCGUGUUGAAACACCAGAACCCAGAUGCGUGGGGCUUGAUGGGACAUCUUUAUUACUUGACGAGCCGAACCGAGGAAGCCCGGGACUGCUACGAAAGAACGCUGGCCUAUACGACGGAAGCCGCAGAUAUGCAUGCUAUCUAUCUGAGAUUGGCUUCGAUCUAUCUCGAAAAGGGAGAGUUUGACAAGGCGAAGACGACCUUCCUUAAAGCCUGUAUUCGUUCACCGUCCUGUGUCUCUUGGCUUGGAGCGGGAAUUGCUUGUUACAGGCUGGGAGACUUGGCUGAGGCUGAGGACGCUUUAUCUGAGGCGAACAUAUUAAACAAUAAGGACGCGGAGGUGUGGUCAUAUCUGUCGCUCGUUUGUUUACAGACUGGUCGACAGCUGGAGGCAGAACAGUCCUACAAAUACGCUCUUAAGUUAAAUUUACAAGACGAAAAUCUGCUGGCAGAGAUUCACCAAACGCAGCAAAGGGUCGGCUUUGGAAAUCCUAUGGUUGCAUAAAGUUUUCUCUAAUGAGCGAGACCUGUUCGCCUUUAACUACAAUUUCAUCUACGUAACAUUUCUUUGGGCGUUUCAUAUAAUAUAUUUUAAAUGCACAACCCGUUUGAAACGAAUAUACAUUCAGAGAGUUUUAGUUCCCUUGGUAAAAUUGAGCGCAUUCUAGAGGAUUUUAACAAUGUUUGCGCUUUUGUGAAAUAGCUUGAAACGUAUAUGUUGUUUCGUUAUUUUCAUCGCCGUAUUAACUACUAGGUUGUGUAAUAUAUUAUGGUGUAUGUAAGUUAUACAGCGCGUUAUUCAGUUUAAUAGGUUAGGUCACUUCGUUGGAACUAAAAGUUAAAAAGCGUUCCAUCUGCGUUCGGUUUUCGAGCAAGUAUUAUUUUUUUUUGGCCUGAGCACUUUUUUUGGUGUUACCAAUUAGUUUUAAAAUCUACUUAUCAAGUAAUUGUCAGCUUUCUGUCUUUUUGAUGAGAUUGUUUGCGUGUUUCAUUUCCAUUGUAAUAUUUUCAGUGGUGUAAUCCACAAACCAUCCGUGUAAAUAAUACUGAAACUGUAAAAACAAUAAUAAACCGUGGCCUUGGAAUGGCGUUUCCAA